AUGGGAAAUCUCUAUUUAUCAAUGAUAAUUGAUACGUCUGUCGAUACAAUUAUUUGUCCAGUUAUGCUACCAGCAGCUACCAUACAAGCGAAUACAGUAGACAACAAAUCGCAAGAUCUUAUUUAUUAUCACUGUAACUGGCAUUAUUGUCAUCAAUGUGAAGUUAAUGUUCCGCCACGAUCGAAACAUUGCUUUUUAUGUAAACGAUGUAUUUUGAAACAUGAGCAUCAUUGUAGUUUCAUCGGACGGUGUAUCGGAUUGCGAAAUGUUCGAUACUAUGUGUGCUUUUUAGUUUGGACUUGGAUCGGCCUAUUCUAUUGCAAUAUUCUGCAUAUGGAUUACACAUAUGAACUCGUUGGAGCGUUUUCAUGGCGUGUUAUCAUUGGUUGUUUGUUUCCACUUGGAGCAUGGUUAUUCAGUCUUCUCGAUCAUUUUUCUCUCUUGCUCUCAUUUCUUUGUUCGACUUCAAUUAUGUUAAGUCUCUACAUAUCGACGCUAAUCGUUCAACAGUUCUUUCUGAUUGUCAAAAGUCAAACCUGGCAUGAAUAUCAACACAAUAUACACUUGUAUGAUACUGGUCGAAGUUUACCAACCAAUUUACAAGUUGUUUUUGGUAAACGAUGGCAGCUGGUCUUAUUCUCUCCAUUGAUAUCAUCGUCACCUAUCGGCGAUGGAAUGUCAUUCGAUAUGAGGAUGAUGGAAACAAAUGAUUCACAGCGGAUUGGUACAAAACGCAUCUAA